AUGUUCACCAACUGGCUGACGGGCAGCAGCACGGCGGCCACGCGUUCCGCCUCCUCGACCUCGGGUAUCGGCGGAGCCGGAAGCGGGGCACCGGGCGGAGUGAGUGCCUCCGCCCUGGUGAUGAGCUCGCCGCCGGAUGUCAUCCUCGAGGUGGGCCCGGCGCCCGGCAGUGUGCGCUUCGUGGCCCACUCGCUGGUGCUGGGCAUGCACAGUGGCUACCUCAGGUCCGCCAUCCGCUUGGAUGACGCCUCGGGCGCCUCGUCGGUGGUGCCGGCACCCAAUCUCACAGCGAACUCCUCGUCGGCCACGACGGCAACGGGCGAACUGCUCCUGUAUCUCAGCAAUGUGACGGCCGAUCAGUUUGCUCCGCUGCUCACGUACAUGUACACGGGAUAUCUGGACCUGACCGUCGACAACAUCUUCGCCGUGCUGCUGGCCACCCAUGUCCUGCACAUGCCGAGGGCUCUGGAAAUCUGCCGCUCCUUUUUGGCGCGCGCCCAAACGGAGGGCUAUCUGAAUGGCAAUCCCGCCCAGCUUUGCCCAGUUCCCGGCCUUCAGGCAGCCGCCAAGGUCAUCCGGCCCAUACCCAGCAAGGCCACCAUGCCGAAUUUCGGCUUUCUGCCCAUGCCACAGGCCCAGCCAAGUGCUCAUCCGCCACCGCCGCCACCUCAGCCGGCUGCCACUCCAGCCUCCCUGAGCUCCUUCGCCGGCUCCACUUCGCUGCUGGAUAGCGAACACGCGACCCGGAUGCAGGAUGCCGACGAAGAGGACGAGGAUGUGGAGGUGUUCAUAGACAGCAACACGGCGACGGAUAACGAGGCCGAUGCCGAGCCGGACGUGGACAUGGACUGCAACGUGUCGGUGGUGAGUUCCCUGGCCGGCAGCAGCGCCGGCAGCCUGAACAUCGAGCGGCUGGAUGUGAAGCCGCCAACGCCUCCGGUGCCCAUAGUUGCGCCACCCAAAAUCCAAUCCCAAAGCGUCCAGCCCAAGAUCUCGAGUUCCAAGAGGGAAACCGCAAAGGGUGGUAGAGGUAACAAAACCAGAUCGAGGAAAUCCAGUGGCCUGCAGGUGGCCAAGGCUCCUGUGCCGGCGGCCCAACUGGAAAUGGCCAGUGCCCCCACACCCAUAACGCCCUCGAAGUUCAUCAUCGAUGUGGCCAGCUGCGAUGGACCAGUGAGAUUUCGCCGGAUACUCAACACAGCCUACGGCCACAAGCCUGAAAGCCUAGAAUCGGGUUCCUUGGGUGGCAGCGGUGGGGGAGGAGGAGGAGCAGCAGCUGGAGGAUCUUCUUCAGCGGUGGAGCAGCAUCGCAGCCAGCAGAGCGUGAGCUACUCCUUCCACCAGCAAAUGGCCAGGGCCAUCAGCAGUCAGCAGCGCCAGUUGAGCCACCAGCAGCAGGAGGAGAGCGAGAAUAGUGGCGAUGCCAUCGGCCCAAAGCCACAGGCAACAGGAGCAACUGCAUCAUCAUCAUCAUCAACAUCGGCAAGCAGCAGAAAAGCACAGGCAGCGGGCUCCUCGGCUACCUCAGCCAGUGGUUCCGGCGCCCACCAGGAGCUCUAUGUCUGCGUCUACUGCAAGCACACCUUCAAAUCCCAGUACUGCUAUCAGAAGCAUGCCAAGCGGCACCUGAAUCCCUUGAGUUUGACCACGGCGGAUAAGAAACUGCUGGCGGAACCGACUAGUUUGCUGGCCAGCAGUGGCAACCCGGAUGCGGAUAACCAGCCGGGUCAGCGGGCAACAACGGCAGCGGAGAGAAGUGGGGCAGCUGGAGGAGCAGCAUCUGCCCUGUUGCGUCGCGAGGUGCGACCCUUGGACAUGAAUGUGCAGUACUAUCCCUGCAAGACGUGCGGCAGCAAGUUCCCCAGCUACUAUUUCGUGCACAAGCAUCGGAAAAUGUGCCAUGCGGAUGAGAUCGAAGCCACUGCCACCAGCAACACGAGCAACAACAGCAGCAGCAACACCAGCAGCAGCAGCAGCAACAGCAACAGCAGCACCAGCAACACGAAGCGCGAUGCAGCAGCAGCAGCUGCAGCAGCAACAGCUGCCGAUGAUCAGCAGCAACACCAGCAACACUCCUAAGAUACUAUAUAU